AUGGUGUGCCCUGCGGGGCCGUGCUGUGUGAGGGAAGCCGAAUCCAACAGGCCCCAGAGAAAGCAUGGUGUGCCCUGCGGGGCCGUGCUGUGUGAGGGAAGCCGAAUCCAACAGGCCCCAGAGAAAGGGCAGCACCAGCCUGUAGGAUGGGUCCAGUGGACAAGGCGGCACGGGGACGCUGUCUUCAGCAAGAGGGCACGCCGUCCCGGGGAAGCUGAGGCCGGCCCGCGCUCGGCCCCGGGGAGUGGGCCGCGGAGUCGCCGGACCGUGAAGGCGGGGCCUUCGAAUGUCCAGCUCCCCGGCGCAAACUCCGCCCCACGUGCAAGCGAGCCGUUGGGACGUCGUGGAGCGUUGCCAGGCGACUCUCUAGCCCCUGCGCUACGCCCAGCUGUCUCGCGGAAAGCUGAGAAGGCAGCGCGCCUGCGCCUUCGAGCGCGGGGCCAGGGGGCGGUGGCCCAAGGGAUGGCUGCCCGCGACUCCAGUUCCUCGACCGUGAAGGCGGGGCCUAGCAACAAACUCCGCCCAGCGUCCCAACGUGCCUCUGUUACAUCAUCAGCGUUGCCAGGCUACCAGAAGGAGCGCGGCCCAGGCGCUUUCCAGGCUCCCAGAGGCAAGCCAAGUGAAAGGAAGAAACGAAGGAGAGUCCCAGGGCGCUGGGAGACCCAGAAAAGGAAGGGCGAAGUAGGAAAGGAAACGAAGAAGUCCAACACACCCACGGGGCAGCACCAGCCUGUAGGAUGGGUCCAGUGGACAAGGCGGCACGGGGACGCUGUCUUCAGCAAGAGGGCACGCCGUCCCGGGGAAGCUGAGGCCGGCCCGCGCUCGGCCCCGGGGAGUGGGCCGCGGAGUCGCCGGACCGUGAAGGCGGGGCCUUCGAAUGUCCAGCUCCCCGGCGCAAACUCCGCCCCACGUGCAAGCGAGCCGUUGGGACGUCGUGGAGCGUUGCCAGGCGACUCUCUAGCCCCUGCGCUACGCCCAGCUGUCUCGCGGAAAGCUGAGAAGGCAGCGCGCCUGCGCCUUCGAGCGCGGGGCCAGGGGGCGGUGGCCCAAGGGAUGGCUGCCCGCGACUCCAGUUCCUCGACCGUGAAGGCGGGGCCUAGCAACAAACUCCGCCCAGCGUCCCAACGUGCCUCUGUUACAUCAUCAGCGUUGCCAGGCUACCAGAAGGAGCGCGGCCCAGGCGCUUUCCAGGCUCCCAGAGGCAAGCCAAGUGAAAGGAAGAAACGAAGGAGAGUCCCAGGGCGCUGGGAGACCCAGAAAAGGAAGGGCGAAGUAGGAAAGGAAACGAAGAAGUCCAACACACCCACGGGGCAGCACCAGCCUGUAGGAUGGGUCCAGUGGACAAGGCGGCACGGGGACGCUGUCUUCAGCAAGAGGGCACGCCGUCCCGGGGAAGCUGAGGCCGGCCCGCGCUCGGCCCCGGGGAGUGGGCCGCGGAGUCGCCGGACCGUGAAGGCGGGGCCUUCGAAUGUCCAGCUCCCCGGCGCAAACUCCGCCCCACGUGCAAGCGAGCCGUUGGGACGUCGUGGAGCGUUGCCAGGCGACUCUCUAGCCCCUGCGCUACGCCCAGCUGUCUCGCGGAAAGCUGAGAAGGCAGCGCGCCUGCGCCUUCGAGCGCGGGGCCAGGGGGCGGUGGCCCAAGGGAUGGCUGCCCGCGACUCCAGUUCCUCGACCGUGAAGGCGGGGCCUAGCAACAAACUCCGCCCAGCGUCCCAACGUGCCUCUGUUACAUCAUCAGCGUUGCCAGGCUACCAGAAGGAGCGCGGCCCAGGCGCUUUCCAGGCUCCCAGAGGCAAGCCAAGUGAAAGGAAGAAACGAAGGAGAGUCCCAGGGCGCUGGGAGACCCAGAAAAGGAAGGGCGAAGUAGGAAAGGAAACGAAGAAGUCCAACACACCCACGGGGCAGCACCAGCCUGUAGGAUGGGUCCAGUGGACAAGGCGGCACGGGGACGCUGUCUUCAGCAAGAGGGCACGCCGUCCCGGGGAAGCUGAGGCCGGCCCGCGCUCGGCCCCGGGGAGUGGGCCGCGGAGUCGCCGGACCGUGAAGGCGGGGCCUAGCAACAAACUCCGCCCAGCGUCCCAACGUGCCUCUGUUACAUCAUCAGCGUUGCCAGGCGACUCUCUAGCCCCUGCGCUACGCCCAGCUGUCUCGCGGAAAGCUGAGAAGGCAGCGCGCCUGCGCCUUCGAGCGCGGGGCCAGGGGGCGGUGGCCCAAGGGAUGGCUGCCCGCGACUCCAGUUCCUCGACCGUGAAGGCGGGGCCUUCGAAUGUCCAGCUCCCCGGCGCAAACUCCGCCCCACGUGCAAGCGAGCCGUUGGGACGUCGUGGAGCGUUGCCAGGCGACUCUCUAGCCCCUGCGCUACGCCCAGCUGUCUCGCGGAAAGCUGAGAAGGCAGCGCGCCUGCGCCUUCGAGCGCGGGGCCAGGGGGCGGUGGCCCAAGGGAUGGCUGCCCGCGACUCCAGUUCCUCGACCGUGAAGGCGGGGCCUAGCAACAAACUCCGCCCAGCGUCCCAACGUGCCUCUGUUACAUCAUCAGCGUUGCCAGGCGACUCUCUAGCCCCUGCGCUACGCCCAGCUGUCUCGCGGAAAGCUGAGAAGGCAGCGCGCCUGCGCCUUCGAGCGCGGGGCCAGGGGGCGGUGGCCCAAGGGAUGGCUGCCCGCGACUCCAGUUCCUCGACCGUGAAGGCGGGGCCUUCGAAUGUCCAGCUCCCCGGCGCAAACUCCGCCCCACGUGCAAGCGAGCCGUUGGGACGUCGUGGAGCGUUGCCAGGCGACUCUCUAGCCCCUGCGCUACGCCCAGCUGUCUCGCGGAAAGCUGAGAAGGCAGCGCGCCUGCGCCUUCGAGCGCGGGGCCAGGGGGCGGUGGCCCAAGGGAUGGCUGCCCGCGACUCCAGUUCCUCGACCGUGAAGGCGGGGCCUUCGAAUGUCCAGCUCCCCGGCGCAAACUCCGCCCCACGUGCAAGCGAGCCGUUGGGACGUCGUGGAGCGUUGCCAGGCUACCAGAAGGAGCGCGGCCCAGGCGCUUUCCAGGCUCCCAGAGGCAAGCCAAGUGAAAGGAAGAAACGAAGGAGAGUCCCAGGGCGCUGGGAGACCCAGAAAAGGAAGGGCGAAGUAGGAAAGGAAACGAAGAAGUCCAACACACCCACGGGUGGGGCUUAA